AUGGCGACCACGAAUGGAUACUUGGGUGUUACACCGCCCAUCGCCACCACCGAAUCCAGCGACAGAGAAAAGGAGGUAACGGUAACGCUCAUGGAAGAACUUCGCCGGCAGGGCACAUUUGAGAGCGAGGAAGAGGCAAAGACAAGGGAGAUUGUUCUGGGCCGUAUAGCUGCACUCGUGCAGAAAUUCGUGAGGACGGUGGCCAUCUCACGCGGAAUGUCUGAGAGUGCAGCAACCGCCGCUGGUGGCAAGAUUUUCACCUUCGGCUCAUAUAGACUGGGUGUCCAUGGCCCUGGUUCUGAUAUCGACACACUCUGUGUCGUGCCAAAACACGUAUCGCGUGAAGAUUUCUUUGACGUCUUUGAGGCUAUGGUCAAGGAGGCCGAUGGUGUCACUGAGGCAUCGGGUGUGCCUGACGCCUAUGUGCCGAUCAUUAAGGUCAAAAUAUCGGGGAUACCCAUCGAUCUCGUGAUGGCCCGUUUAGCUCUCUCCGCAAUACCAGAGACACUGUCCCUCCAGGACGACAAUCUUCUACGAAAUCUAGACGAACGAUGCGUUCGAAGUCUAAACGGCUCUCGAGUAACUGAUGAGAUUCUUCGUCUGGUACCAAACGUUGCUGUGUUCCGAGAUUCAUUACGAUGUAUAAAGCUUUGGGCUCAACGGAGAGCUAUCUAUUCUAACGUUAACGGAUUUCUUGGUGGUGUUGCUUGGGCCAUGCUUGUUGCUCGAAUAUGUCAACUGUACCCUAACGCAAUUGCAGGCGCGAUUGUUAGUCGCUUUUUCAUUAUUAUGUACCAAUGGAGUUGGCCACAGCCCGUACUACUGAAACAAAUCGAAGAUGGGCCACUACCGGUCCGAGUAUGGAAUCCUAAAUUGUAUCCCGCAGAUAGAGCACACCGUAUGCCCAUCAUUACUCCUGCAUAUCCGUCAAUGUGCGCCACCCACAACGUCACCUCAUCUACUCAGAUGAUCAUGACGGAAGAAUUCAAGAAAGGCUCCGAGAUUGUCGAUAGAGUAAUCGUCGGCACUGCGAGCUGGUCAGAACUAUUCGCAAAGCAUGAUUUCUUCCAUAAAUACAGAUAUUAUCUUCAAGUAAUCGCCUCAACAGGAAGUGCCGAGCUGCAGAUCAAAUGGUCUGGCACGGUCGAAUCUCGACUCAGGCAGCUUGUCAUGAAGCUCGAAUACGUGGACACUCUGGCAUUGGCGCAUCCGUUCAUCAAAGGUUUCGAGCAAAUCUCAUAUUGUUUAACUGAUGAGGAAGUACGUGCUGUCGCACAAGGUGAGAUAUCCGACGCCGUAGCGAAGCGCAAGAAAGAAGAUACGGAAGGCAAGGAGGGCGCAAGCGCCGUCUACUCGACGACUUUCUAUAUUGGUCUGGCGAUUGAACCGAAGCAACCUGGCGCUGUUGGUCCGCGCAAGCUAGAUAUUUCUUACCCUACAACCGAGUUCAGCAAACUCGUCAAGAUGUGGGAGAAGUUCGACGACUCCACGAUGGGAAUUGUCGUGCGGCAUAUCAAGAGCACUGCAUUGCCUGACUACGUCUUCGACGAAGGAGAACGACAGCCCAGAUCCGCGUUGAAACGCCCCAAGAACGGGAAGGGUGCGGACAAAAACAAUAAUACCUCGCCCGACGUGCCGAACAAGAAACGACGGUUGGUGCAGCAGCCCAUCGUGACAGUCUUCCCUAAUGCCAUGCCUGGCAUGCUGCACAGAUCGUCGAAUUCGGUGUCGGAGUCGCUUUCUUCUAUGCCUUCUUCUACCCAGCCCCUCAAGAUGACACAAAACGGCAGUGCUACGGUCGAGCCAUCAGCAAGUAGCAGCCUGUACCCGGCGAGCGUCAAGGACCCAGCACAGCUCAGGUCUCCGCAACUGCCCUUCGGUGAAAACGUCGCGGUCGCCACCGGCGCCGGCUCGUCAUAG